AUGCCAUCCCCCACUGUGGCCAGCAACAAUGUAGACAUGCUAUCGUCCUCGGCGCCACCGUCGUCUCAUCGACUGCCUACAGUCUCGGCUUUCCAGACUCUCGAGACGCUACACGCCCGGGGCUCCCGCACCGUUUGCACCGGCCUUUCCCAGCUUGACAAGCACCUCGCUCCCCAUGGACUGCCAGGCCGAGCCGUCGCUGGCGGUUACAUGCGCGGCAAGGUCACCGAGAUCUUCGGCCCGCCUGGAAUGCUGAUGGAGAGAAGCAUUCAGGCAGCGGUGAGCGCAUUGCGCGAAGGACAGAAGGUGGUAUGGCUUGAUGCUGCUUGUGCACCUUUGGUCCCUCAGCGCUUCACCCAUGUCCUACUUGCGGACAACGACCCGAUACUGCAGGCAUCUUCAGCACCACCCAAGGUACCUGGUACGCCCAGGACCUCUCCAGAUGAGAUGCGAAGCCACUUUCAUCACUACGAAAUCCAAACGCUCACGCAUUUGCUGGCUCUAUUCAUGCAUCCGCCUUCUUCAUUUCCACCACCAAACACAAGGCUCAUCGUUAUCGACUCAAUCUCAACCCUGUUUGAUAACGCCUAUCCCCGCAAUCCUGACGACCGCGCGGCCAAGAACCGGAGUGACCAGGCACGCUGGGCUGCGGGUCGUAAAUUUGCAGUAAUGAACGAGCUGAUUUCGACGCUCACUAAAUUGGCUGCUAUGCACGACAUCGCACUGCUCAUCACGUCUCAGACCAUCACCCGCAUUCGCGCCGGUUCGAGGGCUCUUUUGGUUCCUGCGAUAACAGGCGCAGAUUGGGAGAACGGCAUAUCCACUCGUCUCGUCUUGUUUAGGGAUUGGGUGCCGGGACAAGGGAAGGUUAGCAAGGCACAUGCCGCGAGAAUGCAGAAAACCCGGUUUGCAGGCGUACUGAAAGCCAACGGUGUAGCUCUGGCCGACGACGGCGGUGUCGGCAGUGUGGUUCCGUUUGCCAUUGAGGAGACAGGCCUUCGGGAAAUAGACCUAGCUGCUGUCGAUAUUACUGCACCCGUACUGUCUUCUGAAGCGAGACCUCCCAAGCGACAGUUUGCGGAGAUAGACGAAGGUGGGGGAGAACCCGACUCGGAUGAACUAUACGACUGGAUGGACGACGAUGACGAGGCCGCCGCCGAAGGAUUCUUGAUAGGUGAAACACCCAACAUGGCGGAUGGCGACCCUGCAAUAUCUGGUGCGACUGCUCUUGCAGCAUCUGUGGAUGAUGCAGGACCUACAACUGCAAGUCUUGCAGAGCACAACAGCGUGACACGACCGCCGAUACCUUGA